GCCCAUUACGAGCACCCAUUUACUCUCGAAAAACCGCCUCUCCUUUCGAUCACCUGUAACUCCCCAACGCGAUGGAUCCCGAGGGCGCUGCCACCGCGACGCCGACCGCGUCUCCGGCCACCGGGGAGCCGCUCUCGUCGUCGGAGCUCCUCCCCGACCUGGACGCGCUCGUCGACCUCGCCUCCCGCGGCCAAUGGCGCUCUCUCUCCGACCGUCUCUCCCGCUCCCGCUCCCUCCCCUCGCUCCUCCCCCACCAUCGCCUCCUCCUCUCCUCCCUCACCGCCCUCUCCCUCUUCAAGCUCCGCCGCUUCUCCGACGCCGCCGCCGCCCUCGACCCCCUCCUCUCCUCCCCCGACUCCUCCGACCCCUUCGACUCCCCCCGCUUCCGCUUCGAAUCCUACCCCGACCACUACCCUUCCCGAUCCGGCUCCUUCGUCCCCUUCGCCCUCCGCCUCCUCCACGCCGAGCUCCCCCAGCGCCUCGGCGACCGCCCCCAAACCCUCGACCGCCUCUACUCCCUCCUCGACCUCGUCCGCUCCAGGAUCCCCCACCGGAGCGCCGGAUCCGCCGACCAGUGGCGCCGCCGCGAGGCGCAGGUCAUGGCCGCGCUCUGCGCCAACCACUUCACCCACCGCGAGUUCGACGUCGCCCUCGCGCUCAUCCGCGGCCUCCUCGAGCGGGACCCCGCCGAUCCGGCGCUCCUCUCCCGCCUCGGCUACGUCCAGCUCCAGAUCGGCGACCUCGACGGCGCCCGCGCCUCCUUCGCGCGCGUGGAGGAGAUGCGGGACGCGCGGCGGGGCGAUCCGGGGUUCGAGAACCUCCUGGGGAGGAACAGGGCGCUAGGGUUCGUGGUCGCCAAGGACUUCGCCUCGGCGGUGAGGGAGUACGAGGCGUGCAUCGAGAGGGACCCCGCCGACGUGGUGGCGGUGAACAACAAGGCGCUCUGCCUCAUGUACUCGCGCGAUCUAUCCGAUUCCAUCAAGGUGCUCGAGGGCGCGCUCGAGAGCGUCCCCACGGCGGCCGUGAACGAGACGCUCAUCGUCAACCUCUGCAGCAUGUACGAGCUCGCCUACGUCAAUCACGGCGAGAUCAAGAAGACCCUCAGCAGUUGGAUCGCCAGAGUCGCUCCCGAUGACUUCGAUCCUUCCUGCACUCGGAUCUAAAAUCACAGGUAAAAAGGUUGGCUUUUGCAGCUUGAUUCACCGGGCAAUCCCCUUGUCCCACUAUUGGUAAAUCUUAUCGAAGUUCAAAAGAACACUAAAGAUCUUAAAUGACAUUGAUCCUAGCUACUGGAAAGUGGGAACACAGAACUAUUAAGCCAUGAAAAUUACAGAACUUUCACAGAUAACAACUUCUCCAGAUGAAAAUGCAAAGUCCAUAAUUUUUUACAAAUAAAUAAAUGCAGAAUAAAUGCUUGAUGUUUGUUUCCUUCUACUUAUAUAUAUGUAGAUAUAUAUGCGUCUGACAUUGUGGAUAUGUACAUGUAGAGGUUUUUCGCGUUUGUAUCCGUUCAAGUUCAUUGAACUUCUUUGAAUUGUUGAUCUUCCUCCUUUUCCUAGCAAGCCAUGUUGUCAUGUGCUAGUUGAACUUGUAUACUCUCUUAAUUUGUUGACGGAAAAUCUUAUACCAUAUGGAUGGGUUAGCAUUUAAGUAUUUGCCACAUAGUCCUCUAUUCUCUUUUU